AUGUAUACCACCGUUGGCUUCCACGGCCCUGGCGCGCACGCACCCCGUGCCGCCAGCGCCGGCGCCGUCGCGCCGCUGCCAUCACUGUUGCUCGCCGCAGCGCGCCCUCUCGCCCACCGCCCGCGAGCCCGCGAGCCCCCGCGUCGCCGCGUGCCGCUCCCGCCGCCGCCGGCCUUCUACGCCAGCGGCCCGCUCGCGACGCCGGCGCCGCCGGCGGGUGUCGCCGACCUGGCGCCCGACCUGUUUGCCCUGCUGCGGCCGGCCGGCUAUCUCGACGUCGGCAGCGUCCCCAGCGGAGACACCCUGCAGCACACCGGCGACCUCGUUAUCCACGGGUCCGUCGCCAAGGGCGCCGCCAUCGUCGCCUCCGGGGACGUGAUCUGCCUCGGCAGCCUGCAGGGCUCGGUGCAUGCCGGGGCAGACCUCGGCGCGGGCGCCAACGGCGCGGCGCGCGUCGUCGCGCUGGAAAUGCGCGGCGCGCAGCUCAAAAUCGCCGACACCCAAACCCUGGCGGAUGCCAAGGUGACGGUGGCCGGGCCCCACUGCGCCUACGUGGCGGCGUCGGGCAGCAAGUCGGUCAUCCAGGUGCAGCCGCUGGGCCGCACGCGCCCGACCCCCAGCAUUGCCGCCAUCGGCGCCUCCUUCUGGCGGUGGAAGAGGGCGUACCCUGCCGCCACCGCGUCUUUCGUGACAGGGCUGUACGCCCUUCUGGCGGGCGCCGCCCUCGUGGCCGCCCCCCGCACCGUCCUCGGGCUGCUGUUUGACGCGUCCCAAGUCCCCGCCGGCUGGAUCCGUGUGGGCGGCGUCCUUUUCAGCACUUUCGGCCUGCAAUACCUGGGCACUGCUUGGGGCGACUGGUGCCGCGUGGCGGACGCGCGGCGCUGCCACAGCGCCGAGGUCGCCGGCAUCGAACGCACGAUGGAGCGGGAGAGAGAGGAGCUGUCUCAGCAGGCGCGCCACAGGCGGCAGCAGGGCGCAGCGGGGGUGGCGAGCGGCGGCGCGGCCAGCCCUGGCGGCGGCGGCGGCGGCGGCGGCGACGGUGUUGGUGGAUACCAACGUGGCGCGGAGGCGGAGGCGGAGCGUGCUUGGGGCGGGCCUGGUUCAACGUCCGCAGCGUCUGCAGAGGCGGAGCGGCGGCGCAACAACCUGCUAUAUAGCAGCACCAGCUUCUACUCAGCUUCCGUCUGGUCCCGCCUGGCGCUGGCUGCCGCGUUUGUGGCGCUGGUGGUGGCGCGCGUCUGUGAGCCCGGGCUGUUGGUGUUGGCCGCGGUCAAUGCGUACGGGGCGGUCAGCAUGGCGAUGGCGCUGCGGCGGCAGUGGCUGCUGCACACAACGGGCUCCUCCAAAUGA